UGUUUACAUUCGGCUCGUUUGAAAAAAUGGAAUUUUCCGACUGAGGAUUUUCCGCACGUGCUCCUGAACCCAGCUGUUCCGCCGUUCUUAGUUCAUUAUGCCUAGUUCCUGCCCCGUUUUAGAGCAUCCAGAGGACACCGGUAGCGAUAUCAACGAUGUGUUUGAGGAUAUCUUUCUGACCGAAGAGCGCAUCAUCGAGGAGAGUUUUCAUCAAGGGCUAGAGGCCGGUCAGCAGCAGGAAUCCGUUGAGGAGGCGCACGAUUACGGUUACAAGAAGGGAGCGGAAGUUGGACGGGAAAUCGGAUUCUACCAAACGGUGGUGAGCGAAAUCAGCACGCAGGAAGAAGUAACAAGCAACGAAAAGGCAGCUGCACUGAUCGGAGAAGUACAAGCCGCGCUUGAUCAGUAUCCUCGUGAUAACAAUCCGGACGUCGAUUUACUCCAUUCGCUCCAACAGAUUCGCAACAAAUAUCGACGGCUGUGUGCUCUGCUUAAGCUACCGUUCAAAUACGUCCAGACGAAUGAUCUUUCGUUUUAGAACGAUCAAGAUGGAACGUUUGAGGCAACAGAUCGAUACGAUCGCUCGGUUUCUCGAACCAAACGCCGCUUUCAUCAACUGCCACAUGGUGGACUAUCUUACCGAACAGCACUGGGAUCGGUAUGUGCCG